ACGGGACUGGGAAGCCUGCGACGUCCUGGAGGGAUCCCGGAAGCAGGGCUCAUUGUGUUGUGAGCGGCUCGUAUGUCGGGCAGUGCCGGGCUGAGGCUCAGCAGAGGGUUAUGCCGCUUAGGAAGGCUGCAGAGGCACCUAGUCAUGUCUGCUAACAACUUCUGCGGAGCGCCAUCCCCGGACAAGGGGCCGCCAGACGAUGGAGCCGUCACGGCUGGGAUCAUCAUUAUCGGAGAUGAGAUACUGAAGGGCCACACGCAGGACACCAACUCCUUCUUCAUGUGUAAGAAGCUGCGCUCCAUCGGGGUCAAAGUCAGCAGGAUCUCCGUCAUCCCAGACGACGUGGACGCCAUCGCAGGGGAGAUCGCCGCCUUCUCCUCCCACUAUACUUACGUCCUGACCUCCGGCGGGAUCGGCCCCACCCACGACGACGUCACCUUCGAGGCGGUGGCCAAAGCCUUUGGUGAGAACAUCUUCCCGCACCCCGAGCUGGUGUCCCUGGUCCAGAAGUUCUUUGGUAAGUCCGACGCCUUGUGCCCGGAGAUGAAGCUGGCGCGGAUUCCCGUCUCCUCCAAACUAAACUACGGCACGGACAAACGCACCGGCGACUGCUUCAAGUACCCGCUGAUCAGCGUCCGCAACGUCUACGUCUUCCCCGGCAUCCCGUCGCUUAUGGAGAGGGCUCUGGAGGGGCUGGACCACCUCUUCCGCAACGAGAAGAUGCGGUUUUACUGCCGUGAGAUCUUCGUCAACGCCGACGAGAUGUCAAUCGCCGCCGUGCUGGAGGAAGCCAAUGCUUGUUACCGGCGGUACGUCAGCCUGGGCUCCUACCCGGAUUGGGCCAACAACUACUACCGCGUGCAGCUGACGCUGGACUCUGACUCCGAAUCGAUGCUGGAAGAGGCCUACAACUUCUUGAUGCAGAACCUUCCUCCGGGGGUAGUGGUGCCAUUUGUCAGGGACCCCAUGUCACAGGCCGCCGCCGAGGUCUACCAACUGGCACAGUCAGGUUCUCCGUUGGGGGAUAAGGUCUCAUCGGCGUUGCAGACGGUGGAGGACGCGCUGAAGCAGUACAGCCUGGAGAAAAUCUGCGUGGCCUUUAAUGGCGGUAAAGAUUGUACAGCGCUCCUGCACCUGUAUCACGCUGCCGUUCAGAGGCGACACCCGGAGCUCAAGGAGAAGCUGCAGGCUCUCUACAUCCGCAUCGUGUCACCGUUCCUGGAAAUGGAACAGUUCAUGCAGGACACAACCAAACGAUACAAUCUUCAGAUCUACACCAUCCAGGGUGACAUUAAACAAGCCCUCAUGGACCUGAAGGCGGAGCAGCCUCAGCUGGAGGCCAUCCUGAUGGGGACCCGUCGCACAGACCCGUACUCCUGCUCCCUGAUCCCCAUGUGCCUGACCGAUCCCGGCUGGCCCAAAUACAUGAGAGUCAACCCUCUGCUGGACUGGUCGUACCGCGACAUCUGGGAGUUCCUGCGCACAAUCUACAUUCCGUACUGCAUUCUGUAUGACAAAGGUUACACGUCUCUGGGCAGCAUGGAGAACACUAUAAAGAACCCGGCCCUUCGAUACACAACGCCGGCCGGGGUGGAGAGCUUUCGCCCUGCGUACAUGCUGGAGAACGAGGAAGAGGAACGCACGUCCAGGAAUCUGCAGGUCUCGUUGGGCUGUGGUUUGGAGUAGAUGCCACCUCGAACCUUUGUGCCACAGCUGAUGCCAUUGAAAGCGGGGGGGAGGGUGGAG